UAUCAUAAAUACCUGGCAACCUAAAGGCAACCCAUGGUCUUUCUUCCUCUGCGGACUCAUUCGCCAUUUUGAUCCAGUUUUUCUGGGUGACCUACAUUCGGCUAACAACCCGCAACGUAAGCAACGUUUCAAUUUUCCUCGGCAAGAAAAAUAGCAAGGAGCAACAUGAGUAGCAGUCGCGUAUUCAUCGGCCACUUGAGCACACAUGCGAGAGAGAGGGACGUGGAGAAGUUCUUCAAGGGAUAUGGACACAUAAGAGAGAUCAACUUGAAAAACGGAUUUGGAUUUGUGGAAUUUGAUGACCACAGAGACGCCGACGACGCCGUGUAUGAGCUGAACGGGAAAGAAUUGUGCAGUGAAAGGGUCACCAUUGAGCACGCCCGCUCCAGGAGAGGCAGAGGAGGCGGCGCCCCAGGAAUGGGACGAUUUGGCGGCGGCGGCAGUGGCGGCGGCAGUGGCGGCGGCGGUGGCGGCGGCUAUCGCCAGUCCCGCAAUACCAGAGCUAGGUAUGGCCCUCCAAUGCGAACUGAUCACAGGCUAAUUGUGGAGAACCUCUCGUCCCGCGUCAGCUGGCAGGACCUUAAAGACCUGAUGAGAAAGGCAGGUGAAGUUACCUUUGUGGACGCACACAGACCCACUAAAAAUGAAGGGGUGGUUGAGUUUGCAUCUCGUUACGAUAUGAAGAACGCCAUCUCCAAACUGGAUGGAACAGAGCUAAAUGGACGCAAGUUGAAGAUGUUUGAGGACAGCAGGAGGAGCCGUUCUCGCAGCUACUCUCGCUCCAGGAGCCGCUCCCGGAGCAGAUCCAGGAGCCGCUCCAGGAGCCGCUCCCGGAGCCGCAGCCGCUCCAGGAGCCGCUCCAGAUCUCCCAGCCGCACCCCAGAGAAGAAGAUGUCAGGAGGGAGCAAGCCUGCGGCUAAUUCCCCAUCCAAGUCCAAGUCUCGCUCCAAGUCUCGCUCCAAGUCUCGCUCCAAAUCUCGCUCUAAAUCUCGUUCUAAAUCUCGCUCCAAAUCCCGCUCCAAAUCCCGCUCUCCUGCUCCCGCUCAAAACGGCAAGGUUCGCUCCGGAUCCCGCUCCCGAUCUCGCUCGCGUUCUCGCUCCGCCUCAGCAGACAGCAAACACUAAGAUGGCUGCAGCUGCAAGUCAUAGGACGGAUUCAGAGUAGUUUUCCUAGCGAGCCUCGCCUGGCGGCUCGUGUGUUUGUUUUUACUGAAGGGGAGAGAAGAACCUUUAUGUGGGGUCUUUUUGAAAGCAGGAAAAAAAAACAUUUGUAUAAAUGUUGCUUUUUUUGAGUGCUUUUUAGUUUUGAACCUUCUUCCACUUGAGUGAAAUUAUUGUAAACAAAAUUUAAACAAUUGAUUCUUCUGACCCCUUCAUAUGAAUGGCGAUACCCAUUGUCUGCUUACUGUCCCUCACUGGAUUUACUUUAUUUCCCAAUCUUUGUGGGAAUACCAUUGAUUCCCUUAAACUGUUGAGAAUAUAAAAGUAUCGAUUUGGUCUUAAACGUCGAUCAUUCUUCUGAUGAGGCACCUAUCUGUGUUUGAAAUUCAUUCCUUUGAUAUUUGAACAUGAGAGCAGUUCAGCUGGGGAUUUAGACUUUUUUUUUUGUUUCUCAAAGUGUGGCUAUCUUAAAUUUAGUUUUCCUAAGCAUCUUUAGUCAGUGCUUUCACUGAUGUCUUUACGUUUUCUUCUGGGAAUCGGGAGUCUGACACAAGUUUGCUUGUAAAUGUUGCAUAUUUAGAUGCUGAUGAAUCUAUAUAUUGUAAUUUUUUUUUUCUUUGUUUACUACGUGUGUUUUAAAAAAACUGCACACAACGUUUGCAUUUUCAACUCAAGUCUUUCAUUAACUGUGAAAUGUAUCAAUCCCUCUGUCCUACACUUAUUGUGCAGUACAAAUGCAAACAAAGUUCACUUUCUUUUUGCUUUGUUAUAAAAAUAAUAAACUUCAGUGUAC